UAUGGUGGAGUGAUUGCCUGUAUUAUUUCAUUGUAAAUUUCGAUUGAAUGUGAACUUAAUAUUGAGGCUGUUGAUUCAGAAUGUGGUUAUUAGUGUUUAAAAAGAGAUUAUAUUUCACUCGAAUAGUUAAGAUCGACACUGAUGGUGGCCGUAACACUCGAUGAUACAAGAAAAUCGUUCUAACCUCUAAAUCCACCGCAUGGUUGAAAUAAUUUCAUUGAUGUAAUUGACUUAAACUAACUAUUAAGGUACAGACAGCCAGUUGGUAGUCAGCGUCGCGACUCUUAGUUUCAUACAUUAUUUUAAUUGCAAACUAAACUCGUGCUACUGAACUUCCCGGGGACAAAACGUAGAGGAUAUAAUUACUGUGUAAAAAGUGGCAUGGCAUGACUGAGGAAUAAGCCGACAGAAAGGUAAUAAAUUGCACAGACAGAACACACGUAAGGAAUAUACGAGUAGGAAAGUAUUUAGGUGGAAUUAAAGAGAGUCAAAUGAAAAAUAAGGUUGGGAAAAUCAUAAAUUAUUGAUACUUCCGUUCCCCAAAAUAUAUCAACUAUUGUGUUGUCUUUCUAGAAAGACCGUUGAAUGCUCACGAAAUAUUCGUUGUUGCUUUUCAAUUUAUUUCACGUUACACGCAAUAAAUAUAAUGGAAGACACUGGAUUAGCAUAACACCACGAUUGUAUGCAGUAUCGCCACGGUGUAACAAACUUAUAGUGGUUAAUUUUUAAGCACGAUCAACUUGGGAGAUAUUUUAUCCGUACAUUAGAAGGACGAUGUUCCUUCAUAGUGCAACCCGCGGCUAGGUACCCUAUAUUCAGUGCUUGCCCCCCAGUGAUUUAAAGUUGGGCAACAGUGAACCAAAGAAUGAACUGUCAUAUGAUUUAACGGGAAAUGUGCAAGCCUCAACAUGAAACGUAAGUCUGGUCAAGAAAACAGAAGCUCAGUGGGAAGAAUUGUUCAGGACAGUUUUGGUGGUAAUAGUAAUGAUAAUAAUUUCUAUAUCUACGCCAUAUUUCAACGGGAAUCAACCUCUGUGCACCAUGGAACUUAAUCAGAAAUUCCUACUGAUAAGAUGUCGGUGUGGGCUACCUAAGCAGAAGGUGGUUGAAGCUGACGUCAAAAAGUGGACGCAUGCGCGGAGGCAGCGUCGCCGCAGGAGGAACACUGAAAAGCGAAGUCUGCCGCCUCAUCACCAUGGAGACCGUGAUCGCCUUGGUACACCGUCAGUUGUUUUUACCACCGAUACUUCUACCCCUGGCUCUUCUGUUGCCCCGGUGCACAUUUGCUGCGCAGUCUAAUUCUGGAGGCAACUGGUUAAACGUGGGUGUGCAGAGUACAGAAGUUGUGAGACUACCUCAGCCUCAGUACCUGAUCGGAGCCUCACCAUUAUGCACCCAGAUCAGCGGUCUGUCUCCGGGUCAGACCAAGUUGUGCCAACUAUACCAGGACCACAUGAGUGGCGUUGGGCGUGGGGCCAGAGCGGGAAUCGCGGAGUGUCAGUGGCAGUUCAGACACAGACGGUGGAACUGCUCCACAGCGCAUGACAGUACAGUGUUCGGACCCAUGCUAAAGAUAGCCAGUCGGGAGGCAGCCUUUGCUCACGCCAUCGGUGCUGCGGGCGUCGUGCACGCCAUAUCACGGGCGUGUCGGGACGGACAGCUCAGUUCCUGUGGCUGUUCCCGCACAGGGCGUCCUCGGGACCUGCAUCGGGAUUGGAUCUGGGGAGGAUGUGGAGACAACCUGGAGUACGGAUACAAAUUCACUCAAGGAUUUGUUGACGUUCGGGAGAGGGAGAAGAAUUACCGUCGAGGGUCCAAGGAUCAGGGCAGAAGCCUUAUGAACCUGCACAAUAACGAGGCUGGCAGGAGGGCGGUGAUCAAGAAGUCGCGGGUGACAUGCAAGUGUCACGGUGUCUCUGGGUCCUGCAGCCUCAUCACGUGCUGGCAACAACUUGCCCCUUUCAGGGAGAUCGGUGACUACAUAAAGGACAAGUACGACGGUGCAACGGAGGUUCGCAUUAACAGGCGGGGGCGCCUGCAGAUACGGGACCCGCGCUUCAACAAGCCCACGGCCAAUGACCUGGUAUACAUCGAUGACUCCCCCAACUACUGCGUCCGCAAUCUGAGCGUCGGCUCCCUAGGUACUCACGGUCGGAUGUGUAACAGGACGUCCCAAGGGAUGGAUGGAUGUAACCUAAUGUGUUGUGGCCGAGGUUAUAACACACAAAAGACCACAGUACGAGAACGGUGUGACUGCAAGUUCCACUGGUGCUGCUAUGUUGACUGUAAGAUUUGUGUGAAGACUGUAGAUGUCCACACCUGCAAAUGAAGCAAUUGUCAGCUGAAGGAAGUGAUAAGUGUACUGCCAUAUAAAUGUGAAGGUGUGCUGCAGAUGGUGAUGCAGAUGAGCAGACUGUUACAAUGAAUCUCAGUAUAUACCCAAAUGUCUGACACAAGAGGGAGCAUUUGCACCUGUAAAUGAAGUAACAAAAUGACUGAUUGUUUUGUCAGAAUGUACCACUACAUGCAUAUGCUCAGAAUAAGAGGUAUUUACACUUGUAAAUGGGGCAGCAAAUUAGCUGAACAAGGUUUCAUAGUGUAACACUUAGUGCACAUGAAAUGUGUGCCACAACAAGAACCAAUUUUAAACUGUAAUUCAGGUAGAAACAUCUGUGUGAGAUGUCAGGUUGUAACAAAAACGAACCUUAAAUGUGUGCCUUAAACGGGAAAGAAUGGCACCUGUAACUGUAAGUGAGGCAACAUAUAGCAAAAUAAAUAUUCAGAAUGUAACAUAUUAAACAUGAAGUAUAAGCCAAAACAAGAAACAUUUUCACCUAUAAGUCUGGCAGCAAAACAGCUGAACAUAUCUUCAGAGUGUAAUAUGUAUAAAUAUGAAAUCUUGCCACACCAAGGAACAUUUACACCUGUGAAUCAGGCAGCAAAAUAGCUGAAUGAGUUUUCAGAAUGUAAAAUAAAUAUGAAAUCAUGCCACAACAAGGCACAUUUACACCUGUGAAUCAGGCAGAAAAGUAGCUGAACAAGUUAUCAGAAUGUAACG